GCUGUCAAGCUUUGUUAUUGCAUUUUCAAUAUGGCGCUUAGUAAGACGUUCGGACAAAAACCUGUCAAAUUCCAACUUGAAGAAGAUGGAGAUUUUUAUAUGAUUGGAUCGGAGGUUGGAAACUACUUGCGUAUGUUCAGAGGUUCACUCUAUAAGAGAUACCCCUCAUUAUGGCGAAAAUUGGCUUCAGUGGAGGAAAGGAAGAAAAUUGUGGAAUCUUCUCACGAUCAUGGUUAUACAACCCUAGCCACUAGCGUGACCCUACUGAAGGCGUCAGAGGUAGAGGAGAUCUUUGAAGGAAACGAUGAGAAGUACAAAGCUGUUUCAAUCAGUACAGAACCACCAGCUUACCUGAGGGAACAGAAGGCAAAGAGGAACAGUCAGUGGGUCCCCACAUUACCCAAUAGCUCCCACCACCUGGACGCCGUUCCCUGUUCCACGACUAUUAACCGCAGUCGCUUAGGUCGUGACAAGAAGAGGACCUUCCCUCUCUGCUUCGAUGACCACGAUCCAGCUGUGAUCCAUGAGAAUGCCACACAGUCUGAGGUUCUGGUUCCGAUUCGCCUGGACAUGGAGAUAGAGGGGCAGAAGCUUCGGGAUGCGUUCACAUGGAACAUGAAUGAAAAGCUCAUGACCCCAGAGAUGUUUGCUGAGAUCUUGUGUGACGACCUGGACCUCAACCCUCUUGCAUUCGUCCCUGCCAUCGCCUCUGCAAUUCGUCAACAGAUCGAGUCCUACCCCACCGACAGCAUCCUGGAAGAGCAGACUGACCAGAGGGUCAUCAUUAAGUUGAACAUUCACGUGGGAAACAUCUCGCUGGUGGACCAGUUUGAAUGGGACAUGUCAGAGAGGGAGAACUCGCCGGAAAAGUUUGCACUAAAACUGUGCUCUGAGCUGGGCCUGGGUGGGGAGUUCGUCACCACCAUUGCCUACAGUAUCCGAGGUCAACUUAGCUGGCACCAGAGGACAUACGCCUUCAGUGAAAACCCUCUACCCACGGUGGAGAUAGCCAUCAGGAACACAGGCGACGCAGACCAGUGGUGCCCACUGCUGGAGACACUGACAGAUGCAGAAAUGGAGAAGAAGAUCCGAGACCAGGACAGAAACACUCGGCGAAUGAGACGACUGGCAAAUACAGCCCCAGCAUGGUAGUAGAUGCCAUCAGUUAUGACCUCCUAUAAAAACAAAGGCCAUCUGGAGAAGUAAGAAGUGGUUGGGAUUUGCAAAGCUAACAGCAGUAACAGACAUUUCUUCUGCAAGUUGACCAGAGCAAAGCAGUCAUUUAUCCCCCCCCCCACACACACACCCCUAUUUUGUGUUUUGUUUGUUUGUUUUGAGCAGAGCCUUGCUAUGAGCACCUCCCUACACACUUACCCUUCAGACCACAGACUCUUUUGCCUAUAAACAAAAAGGUGAAGACACAAGAAAUCUCAGAGAAUAUAUGUUGUAUUUGUUGUCCUUUUGUACAUUUGAAUAAUAAAAAAAAAAUUAGUAAA